GACCGAAUUCCUUGUUUUCGAAAGCGGGAGUGACGUUCAAUAUUUUGUAGCCGACAUCUUGUCCAUGCUCGCCAUUUUACCAACUCGAUAUCUCUUGCUUGUCAGGUGUCGAGGGCGCUGCAGCAUUAUUUGCGAUCAAUCGAGACACUUCUUUUCAAGUUGAGAAGGCGUGAGUGAUAUUUAUUUUUAAACUAAAAUUACGCAUUUCCUGAACUGAGCCUUGAACGGCCCGUGAUUUCUAAAGUGCAACCUCCAUGCCUUCGACGCCAGUUGCCAUGUCACCAACCCGGGCAUCACUCAAGGGCUUCUUAGCAACUGCCAGGAAGGCCCUUUUAUCUCCUCCCGCGCAAAGACCGAAACCCUUGACCUUUGUCGUCGGUAAUGAAUCGGCAGACCUCGACUCGCUCUGCUCAGCCGUCGUCUUUGCCUAUUUCCGCACUCACACUCCCGCUCACGGCCUGCACAUACCACUUUCCAACCUCCCCCGAGCAGACCUCGCUCUUCGCCCGGAACUCCAGGCCGUUCUCCACCCCGCAGGGCUCAAGCCAGACGACCUUAUCACCCUCUGCGACCUCCCACGCGAGGGCCUCCACCCGCAAGAUACCCGCUGGCUCCUCGUCGACCACAACGCCCUCACCGGGCGCCUCGCCGCAUCCUUUUCCGGCCAGGUAGUCGGCUGUAUCGACCACCACGUCGACGAGGGCGUUAUCCCGCAUGACGUCCCGGAGGGCCAGCCGCGGCGAUUCGCCACAUGUGGCAGCUGCAUGAGCCUAGUCCUCGACCACUGCAAGCCAACCUGGGACAGCCUGGCCGCCUCGGCCUGCGAAGACGGCACGUCAGCGGCAGAAUGCGACGCCCAGCUCGCACACGUCGCCCUGGCCCCCAUCCUCAUCGACACCAUCAACCUCACGUCCAAGGAUAAGACCACCGACUGGGACGUGCACGCCACCGAGCUCGCCGAGUCAAAGCUAGCCUCCUUUGAGUCCCAAUCCCAAUCCCGAUCCCAGGUCCAAACCCAACCCUCAGCCCAAGAAGACGCCGCCCCCUACAACCGCGAAACCUACCACGCCACCCUAACCACCCUCAAAGAGCAAAUCGCCGGCCUCCCCUACCGCGACGUCCUCCGCAAGGACUACAAGCGCUGGACCGAAGGCAGCCUCGGACUCGGCAUGUCGACCGUAGUGCAGGACCUAACCACAACGACAGCCACGGCCGGGGAAGGAGAGCGCGGAGCGUUCGUGGCGGCGCUGCGGGCGUGGGCGGGCGAGCAGGGGCUGGACAUCGCGGCGGUGAUGACGGUCUCGCGGCCCGGCGGGGUGUUUACGCGCGAGUUGCUGGUGUGGGGGCUGAGUGAGGCCGGGGUGGCGGCGGUGGGGGAGUUUCGGAGGCGGUUUGCGGAGAAGCUUGGGUUGGAGUCGUGGGAGGGUGGGGGGUUGGAUGGAGGGGGGGAGGGCGAGGGGGAGUGGCGGGUUUGUUGGAGGCAGAAGGAGGUUUCGUGUAGUCGGAAGCAGGUGGGGCCCAUGUUGAGGGAGGCGAUGAGGGAGUCGGCGAAGUUGUGA